ACACACACAACUUCCCUCAUCACUUGAAGUCACUAAGCCGCGGCAGGUCCAAAGCCAGACUCUUCAGCCAAAUACCCCUCGCACUACUUGCUAUACAUUCUAUAAUGUCUAACUUGCAAACUCCCGAUGCACGCACUGCGCUUAUGCAAUCUGUCAUUCUCUCACGUCACUUGCAGGCGAGUCCGGCGAGAAUAUCCCCAAGCUCUCCAUUGCGGAGACCAAGCCGCAUUUUCAACGUGCAGGACUUUGCUGGCCACCGAAAGCAGGUAGCUAGUCCUAGCAAGCGUAAGGCGCGCGAGGACAACAUUGCCUUGGCGAUUCGAGGCAGAACGAUCUAUAAUUCACGGGUCAACCCUGCUACACCCAAGACUAGAAGCCCACGGAAGAAUCCAAUGAAGCCAACCGCUCCCUCAUACCACCCCCUUGGAACUGGUGCACUAUCGGAAGAGAAAACGUCGUCUCUAGAUAUUUUACAACGGAUGGAAGCCGAGGAAGAACAUCGAGAGAAGGACCAAGGUUUCCUGGUAGAAGCCAGAGGUGGCUCACCGAGCUACCAGGCGGAGGACAAGUCUCUCUGGAUGGGCGUCUCUGAGUCUGAUGCGGACUACCACAUGCCGAGAGGCAGUGAACAAGGCACACCCUCCUCUGACAUGGAGCAUUCCCCAUCUCGCUGGAACGCGCCGAAAUUUAACUCAGGAGAGGGGGACUGGGAGACGAUGUUUGACAUGUACAUCAAAGAGCAGGAGUGUAUGGAAGCUAUGAUGCUUUAGGGAGGAACUGUUGGAUAAAUCACAAUCAGCGUAUAGCAAUACGGUAAUCACUCAUUUGAUAAUACUUCCUGUAGUUAGUUAUGGCACUAAGUAUAUCCUGCCGCGCACUAUCAUUUACAUACCAUCGAAUCGUAUAAACGCCCUUUUAUGAGCGGCUGGCCCACACAGCCUGGUUGAUAUUAACGGCUAGAAGAUAUCGAAUUGGGGAAGAAU